UUACGUCACUGAAAAAAGUGUCUGGUCGUCAGGGGGAAAGUGAGGAGGACAACGGACAACGGGAAAUCAGUGGAAGCUAGGCCUAGGCGUCUCUUGUUUGAGAGCAGGCAGCGUUUUCAGGACAGAAAUGGAUACGGUAUCUUGCACUGGAGCGAGAAACUCUACAAAAGGCGUUCAAUCUAGGUCUGUGUCGAAAGACGCUGUGCCAGAUUCAUCUUCGAAGGAGAAGAAAAUUCUUCCUGGUCGCAGACAGCAAAGACAUUCAACCGAGAUCGGGGCUGAAUACCACAGAUGGUGGGCAGUCAGGAAUGCCGUUGGUUUCGAAACCAAUGAGCAUAUUGCGGGGUUGCUGCUAGACGGAUUUCAUGCACUGUUAGAACAAAUUGUGUUCAUGUGUGGUGGUCCGGCAUAUCAUCCCAAGCCAGAACAAAAUAAAAAAUCCAGUGCAGACUCCGUUAAUCAGGGAGGUGCGACUUCUUCAACGUCUGGGGGAGCGGAGGAGGAUGAGGAGUUUACAGAGUACAAGAACGCCAUCAUGUUCUACUGUGACACUUUGUGGCAGAUGUGUGGGCAACAGGACAGUAGACUACAAGAGCUGGAUAAAGCCAGUCAACCAAUGCAAGAUUUCAUAAUCCGUCUAAUGGGAUACCUCAGAAAAAACGAUUCAAACAGUCCAGCUCCAGCAACAGUGGAGCCAAAGAGCGUGAACUGUUUCCCACCCCUUCCAGCUCCUCCCAGGGGCCUUCUUUUGUGGGUGGACAAUCGAUGGCCGCUGGAAACAUUCAGUUGUCUAACCCAGCCGUCCAGUUUGUACCCACGAGUUCUGCUGUCUUCUCCAAGCCUCACCAACAGCCUUGGCUUCACGGCAGACUCGCAUAUGUUCCCAAUUCUGGCUCUUACGCCUUCACGCCUACCUCAGGGUCCUCUGUAGACGGGACCAAAGAGCAGGCUGAGAAAGAGAUCCAAGCUUUGAGAGACUGUAACAAUAUGCAGAGCUGUGCCAUCACACACUCGGGCAGACACAUCGACAAUACACUGUAUAAUCUGAUUCCAGGUGCGAAUCCUGUUGGCUACUCUAAAGAAAAUUGUGUAGGAAAUUCGUUCCCAAGCUGCUUAACAGAGCAGGAGUUUGAUGGAGAGGAGCAAUCCUGGCAGCGGCAAAUCAGGUCUUCGAGCAAAAGGAAAGAUGCAAAUUUUGCCGAUCUUCCCCAGGUUAAGUCAGAGCUGGUUUUUACAGGAUCAGAGAAGUCAGUUUGUACAGGAGAUGUGUGUAGUCCUCCUCUACCCCCAUGUUUUGAGGAACCAGACUCUUCGUCUUACCAUGCUUCUGAUUUCCCCAGUCAAAAAUCUCUCCCAAUGUGUGGCCCUGCUAAUGAAAUCUCAGAGAAUACAUGGAGAGAAGAGGUACAAUCAGGUCAGCAACAACAACCACCAUCCACAUCCGAUAUUUUGGAAGGGUCAUUGAAGUCUUUGCUGAAAAAACCAGUCAAUUUGAAUUCGUACUCUCAGAGGAAAUGUCAUGAGAAUAAUCAGGCAGCUGGAGACGCAGAUCAGAUGAAGGGGAAGCAAGAGAGUCUUCGUUCAUCGGGGCACCGUGUUGUUCUGACAGAAGAUGUGCACAGCUCGGCACAAUAUGGAAAAAAGCUGGAGUCAGCAGUCCAGAAGUUGAGCAAGUUAACGACCGAUAAGGAGUCGACGUGUCGUUCGAAUGUGAAAGUCGAGAAAUAUUCUAAAAGUACGAAUACUGCUUAUAGUAAUGAAGUCAAGAUGGAUUCUCAAGCUUCUGCCCGGGAUUCUAGAAUUGAGUCAGAAUUAUCUUCUGAAAAAUCUAGUAAAGCUGAAGUGAGAGGUGGUAACACGAGUCAUAAAAUGGCCUCCUCUGAGCACCUUCUGCCUAUACAACCUGCCUUAUGUCCUCAGGGGUUGUCAGCACCGUCACUGACCACCUCGCUGGGGACACCGGUCUUUUUCUACCCCGCCCAGAGCCUCAACUCCAGGGACUCGUCCCUCGCCUCGCUGUCCAGCCUGGUCCAGAACAUAGUGUACAACUCGCAUAGCACAGUGUUCAAGUCUCUGUCUGUGGUUCCUGGAAUGACCAUGUCUUCCUCUGUGGCCUCCCAAGCUGUGGUCUCCCAGCUGUCUCUGUCUCAAGACAACAACUCCACCAAGACGGUCACUUCUGUGCCGAUAUUCUCCACCCACAUCAGCAACUCUUCCUACAAACCAACUUUGCUCCCGUUGUACAUCAGUCCAGCAGGCGUUGGGGCUCUCAGUUUAGCAAAACCUGGUAUGAAGUCGGUUCUAACGCAGCCGUCUGCCCUCAAGUUGGUUCAACCGACUACGGUUCCUCUGGUUCAAACUUUGGAUGGUAGUGAAGUCAAGAUGGAGGCUACCAGUAUGUCUCAAGUUAUUAACCUUUGCGGAGCUGAUGAGCUGAAAAUUACUGAUGUUCGUUCGUGUGCGGAGGAGGAUUUUUUGAGUGCGGAUUAUAUGAAAGGUUUUGAGGAAGUUCAGUGCAACAAGUUACUCAGCUCUGGGGAUGCGUGUCCAGACUACUCUGAAUGUCAUGGGCUGAGUGGGAAGAAACUGGAAUUUGACUCUCUCUCAUCAGAUGAGAGUCACCCGACACUGAGCCAGCGUAGAACCGAUGAGAAAAACACUGGCCCGGGACCAGGUAAUGCUAUAGCUACAGAAGGCAGACCAGGCUGUAAGCACGGGAAUGUUCUAAACAGCAAAGUUCUUUCCCAAUUACCCCAUUCCCAGGCCUUAGAGUCGCUAAAAAGUGCUUUCCUUGAGAAAACGAAAAACACAGCAACUUCCCUCAAGGGAGAAGAAACACAGAAGAUCACAGGAUCAUCCUUCUCCUCUCAGGAGAAAGGUUGUAGUGACUCCAAGAACGUGGUGAGAAGCAAGCUGAAUUCUUCAUCGUCCAACACGAAGACUCCUCACUGGCGCCGGCUAGCGUGUAGCUCCUGCCAGCUCAUCUUCUUCUCUGGCACGGACCUCCUUGUUCACCGCUACGAGCAGCACAGCCACGUGUGUGGAGAGUGUGACGGCCGCUUCCUCUCCCGGGCCCGGCUGGAGCAGCACAAGGCGGCCGACCACCCGGAGAUCAUCCUGUGCCAGCGCUGUCGCUUCCACACCUUCUCCAAAUCCGUCAUGGACGACCAUUUACGGGAUGUUCACGACCUCGCACCGGAAACGGAAGAAAAGAAGAGUAAAGAGAGGAGUGAUGAGAACCCGGCACAAACAGAGUCAUCCUGUGAACGAACGACAGGGCAGGGAGAAAAUGACAGUCAAAAAGCUAACACAGAUGGCGUGUCUGAGAAAUGUGAAGGCCCCCUGACGGUUGAAGGAAGGUCUGUUGGCACUGGAAAUGUGAACGAGUGUAGAUCAGGAGGUGAUAAGUUGACAGAUGAACCGUUUAGACCGCAUACUGUUUCUAGAGAUGCUGCUCAAGAUUAUGGUAAUGGAAGUAGACCACAGGACAAUGGAAGUAGUCUUCGGGGCAAGGAAGGUACAAAGAGAAAGUUGAAAGAAGACAAUAUGGGUGACUUUGCAGAAUGGGGAAAAAACUGCUCGAGCGGUAAUGCUUCUGGUCAGUCGCUGGUGAGCAAAGAUGGCCUCCUCCCUAACCAAGGUCAGCCGUGCCCCGGCCCUGUGUUCCCGUCCUUCUCCCACCAACCGGCGGCUCGUUUGUCCCCGAGGUCUGCGGCGUGUGACCCGGUGAGCUCUAUGUACAGUCAGGUGAUGCAGCAUUGCCUCCUCGAUGCUCCCCCGUCAUUUCUACACAUUUCUGACCCGCAGUCUCAGCUACAAGACUUUUCUGACCCGAAACAUGAGCGCUCACCUAAAUCACAAGUAUCCCUACUCCUGGACUUGUCAGAGCCACGAGAACUACAGCAGACACACAUGGUGGACUCCCAACCACUUCAACAGCAACAGCAACAACAACAACAAACACAGCAGCAGCAACAACAACAACAACAGACACAACAACAACAACAACAACAGACACAGCAGCAGCAACAACAACAACAACAGACACAGCAACAGCAACAGCAGGAACAGGAGCAGUUCUCAUUGGAGAUGAAUGAGCAACGAGAACAGUUGUCUGAGUGUGACGAGCCUCCACAACUUGUCAUUGACACCGGAGAACAGCCGAGUGGGAGAGAAGAGAACUUCUUCAACAACACUUGUCGGCAGGCUGAUGUAGGUCAAGGACGUUCGGAGCAGGAGGCUGCAGCAAGUUGGCACCAGGAUCAGCCGCUGUGCCUUGUGGUCCACAACCGUCAGCACACAAUGGCAGCGGGGGACGGGAAGAAUUCCUCAAACAGCCCCAAAGACAAUACUUCAGAGGACUGGAAAGCUUUUUCUUCUCUUCUCUCAGUGGACCAGCCACCUCUAGAUCUGAGCAUGUUGGAUCAGGGCGUCAGUUAUGUUUGCCCUCCUGACAGUGGUUCUGUUGUCAACACUAGUGCUCCGGUACAGAGCUUCAUGCAAACUAGUGAGUAUUCUCAAGCUACAUACCCUUUUCGGGAAGACGUUUCUACUAACAGAUAUGGUGUUUGUGAAUCUGCGCCGGGCAUUGACGCUAAGAAAAAGCUUGUCAUGAAAAUCAGCCUGAAGCGGUCGGCUGUCGGAAGUCCUCCUGAAGAGGCACCGAGAAAGAAGAGAAAGAGAAAGAGGAGGAGGAAAACGAGAGUAGUGAGUGAAAGUCUAGUUGAUACAACAGCUGUGGACAUAGAUAACCCAGAAGUUGAUGAUGAGGGAAACUGUGUGCUCCUAGACGCAACAAUGGACUCGGCAUUAUGCCGGCAUGGUGUAGAGAGCUUUGCUGAGUUUGAUAGUCUUAGGCGUGAUGUUUCUGAGACAGAAGAGAACCCCAGAAGCAGUAACGUGAACGUCUCUCACGUAGCCCUAGACGGCAGCUCCUGCAAUGACCUAGGAGUAGCAGGGAAAGUUUUGUCGUUGCGUGAACGCCACAGAAUGAGCUCCCUGCCUCCGAAGAAAAGAAACUUUAGGAAAUCACCGAGGGGUCAUGCUAAAAAUGAAGAAAUGGUGCCUAAUGCUGCUGAUGCAGUGAAUCCAACACUUGUGACAGAUGACAAAAGUUUUCCUGAUAUGGAAAGAGGUACAGUGCACAAGUCCUCCACUGGAAGGUCAGCCAGGUCCCAGGCUACGGCAGAGGGGCAGAGAAAGUGCUCGGGUAAAGAGUUACGAUCACACGGCAGGAAAAGCUCAACGUCUUCCGACUCAGCCCAACAAGUGACGGCUUACCCCAGGACUAAUGAGGGGGAUUAUGGGUUGGUCGAGGAAAGCACAGAGUUUUCUGGAAAGGACGGCUCUGAGUGUGUAGUCAGUCAGUCAAGUCAACGUACCGGCAGGUAUGCGUGCCCUGUACUCAACUGCUCGGCCACUUUCUCUCGGAAAUGGUCGAUGGACAUGCACAUCAACAAAGUUCACAGCGGUGUCCUGUCGUGUACCGUCAGUGGCUGCCGAGAGAAGUUUGCCAGCCGUCGCGACCUCCGCCAGCACGUCACCACAGAACACAAGGGCAAGACGCGCAAGUAUCUGUGCAGCUGGCCGGGCUGCAGCAAAAGUUUUUACGCCCAGACUCACCUCCAGGUGCACAACCUGACUCACACCGGGGAGAAACCGGUGGCCUGUCAGAUCUGUGACUACCGCUGUCGCCAGCGCACCGCCCUCUUAUGGCACAUGAGGAAGCACGGAAUCUUCCAGAGUGGCGGGCCAGAGAGCCCCAGCACCGCUCGCAGCGUCAGUUUGAGGGCUCACAGAAACAAGAGCGCCGGCAGAGAUCACACCCCGGCAUCUGUAGUGUAGCAGUUCGUCACAUGCAGGACUUCUAAGUUUGAUUCUUGAGUCGGGAGAAAUCUUUAUUGAGUCUCUGUCUUUCUGCUGGCAUGCUGUAUCCCUCUCAGCCUGGGUUGGCUCUGGCAAGAAGGAUUUGAAGCGGGCCUCCUAAAUGAUCUAAAUUGUGUUGAUGGGGACCUAAAAAUAUACUUUUAGCCCCUAAAAAUCACACACCAGCCCUCUGGCCUGUCCAUAGUAUGCCUUUGUUUUAAAAAUGUUUGUGGUCAACACAUUUGAUCUAUAAUAUAAUCUUACAGAGGCCAUUGAGGUAAAUUAUUGGUAAUGUUGUUUUUUUUGUUAUUGAUUAGUUCAAUAUGACGAUGUGAAAGACUUUCUGCUAUUACUGGGGGUGAAUAAUUGAACUGUAGAGAGAGAAGGUAUGAGACAAAUUAUGUUUAGAAUUUGUUCAAAGAAUAUUUGGACUGCCAUAACAUUUGACCGUUUUGGUGAUAAUGUUUACAUUGCCAUAAAAUGCUGUAGUAAAUGUGCCAACAAAUUUCCAAUUAUGGAAAAUAUAUGUGAGGGAGUGUGGUGAAAUCAGGCGCUCGUCAAAAUAAUCAAAGUGAAGAAACUGGCGUU